UCACGAUAAUCGAGGGGCCGAGUAGAAAUAACCAAAAUUCCUCGUGCCAUUUAUAUGGUCAAUGAAACCCUAAUUUUUCUCCGUACUCCCAAGUUUCUCUCCAAGCUCUACGCCUCCAGCACUGGUCAUAUCUGAGUAUUACUAUUAAGCAAUGGCCGUCGCAUUCUGCAACCUCGGCUCAGAUGCUGGGCUCAAGAAGCUUGAUGAUUACCUUUUAACUCGCAGUUACAUCACAGGAUACCAAGCUUCAAAAGAUGAUCUGACUGUUCAUGCUUCUCUUUCAAAGCCUCCAUCAUCUGACUAUGUCAAUGUUUCACGGUGGUACAACCACAUUGAAGCACUAUUGAGGAUUUCUGGAGUUUCUGCUGAAGGAUCUGGUGUUAUAGUUGAGGGAUCAGCUCCUGCCCCUGAGGAGGCUAUUGCAACUCCUCCUGCUGUAGACACUAAGGCCUCUGCUGCAGAGGAGGACGAUGACGAUGAUGUGGAUUUGUUUGGUGAGGAGACUGAGGAAGAGAAGAAGGCUGCUGAAGAACGUGCUGCAGCCGUGAAGGCAUCUGGAAAGAAGAAAGAGAGUGGGAAGUCAUCAGUACUGAUGGAUGUAAAACCAUGGGAUGACGAAACUGAUAUGAAAAAGCUUGAGGAAGCUGUUAGAAGUGUGCAGAUGGAGGGUCUGCUAUGGGGAGCGUCUAAACUCGUUGCUGUUGGAUAUGGUAUCAAGAAGCUUCAGAUUAUGCUUACCAUCGUGGAUGACUUGGUAUCUGUCGAUACACUUAUCGAAGAGCGUCUCAUGGAAGAACCAAUAAAUGAGUAUGUCCAGAGUUGUGAUAUUGUGGCCUUCAAUAAAAUAUAAUUCACUGAUUCAUUCACCGGUUUGGAAUGUGCAAUUGAACGAUUGGAGUGUAGGUUCUGUGUUGCGUUUAUCGUCCAGUUUUUCCAUAAUGCUAUUUGAAGUUGUGUUCCGUUUAUGGCUAUAUGAAAUUUCCAGACUCGUAUAAUUUGAAUGUGGACUUGGCAAUGUAACCAAUAUAAUUGCCAUGUGAAGUGACUUAAAUUAUUGUUUCUUUAUAUUUUGUUGGAACUUUCAUUUAGUACUUGA